AUGCGGACGGUCUCAGGAACGUCUGUAAUGACACCUUCAUCCUUGACCAGGCAUUCCCUCGCCUCUCCCCCUACCCAGCUCUUGGACUUUCAGAAAGCCCAUCUCCUCGACGUUCAGACGACGGGCAAGUGGUGUCUGGGAACCGCUGGACCAACCCACAGCCUCCACCCACGAGGGCCCCGACGGGGAGGGAGGAGGCCUUUCAGUGAGAGAGGCAGGGAGGGAGGGCGAAAGGAAGGAAGGCGAGCCCGGGGUGGGAGUGGAAGAGGCAGCUUCGCCCGGGGCGGGUUGGCUCGCGGGGCCAGCCCUCCCGAGGCGGUUUAUAAGAGUUGGGGCGGCCGGGAGCCCUCCCCGCCGGUCCGCGCGCCCCCGGAGCAGCGCCCGGUUCUGAGCGCCCCGCGUCGAGGCCCGCCAGGCCGCGCGCCGGCUCCGCGCCGCCUUCGGACUUGA